UGUUCUUUUAUUCUGGUUUCACUUCUGGCCUUCACAGAUUCAUGUAGUAGGAUUGCUGUCAAUUUAAUGCCAGCGCUUUACAUAUCUUUCGUUGCAGAUUUUUACCAGUUGACAAUGUCGUAUAGUUAUUGGAAGGCUGGAAAAGCUGAAGAACCGGCAGUUUUUGAAAUAUUUUUCAGGAAGAAUCCAUUUCAGGGUGAAUUUACCAUUUUCGCUGGAUUGUCAGACUGCAUAGAAUACUUGAAAACGUUCACGUUUACCGAAGAAGGUGAGUAUUUGUACAUUCUUUCUCAUUGUCGGGGGAUUCACAACCAGAACCGUGUGCAGCGGAGCAGUGUUUGUGUGUUUGAAAACCCCGUCCAGCGGACGCAUGGUUACGAACAGGCAUUUCACCAAGUGAAACCAGUUAAGCGAACUUCACUGAUUGCCGUCAACCUCGUUAUGUAUACAAAGUUGGUGGUGAUAUAUAAGGUGGAUAGGGAUCGGACCUGUUUUGAGGUAGAGCGGAAGAAGGUAAACCUCUUUUACCAACAGAAAGUACAUAAUCUAACUGUGGAUACGUACUGUUUCAAACAUUCGGACCUGCUAUCUACUCGCAAAUUCAAGGUCUCACAACCAUAA